CUUUGGUACCAGCCAAAGCAGCCAGCCUGGCCAUUUACAUUUCCUGCAGCAGGCGGACUAAACUCACCCAGAGCUCUGGGUGCCCUGGAAGAGCCACGUGGAUGUCCCAGGAGAAGGACUGAACCCCAUUUGCGGCUCUCAGGAGCCGCUUUGUGCUGUCGCAGUGAUCAGGAGCUGCCAUGCCGAUGGCAGAGGGGCCAUGGGAGGGGGCCAGGGCCCACCAGAUCCGGAGGGCAGGGAAUGCACCAGGGGAGCAAUUCUAGCCAGAUCCUGCCAGGAAUCACCCCCAGCGAUGAAGGACUUCACUGAAAUCACGCUGUGCCCCGACAGGCUGGAGCAGAGUAAGACGGAGUUUUGCAACCCCAUCUUCGAACCCGAGCGCGAGGGGGCUGGCUGCGCACCCUCCACUCCGCACCAGAUGGCAGGGGAGAACAGGAGCAGCACUGGAUCCCCCUGGGAUGGCCUUGCUCCCCCCGCAGGCCAGCGGCUCUGGAGCAGGGUGGGCAGGAAGCACAGGCCUGACUGCAAGUUCUCCUGGCUGUGCGUAGCACUGAUGAGUGCAUUGCUCUUGCUGCUACUCGCCUUGCUGCUGGGGAUCAUCAUCUCCCAGCUGCAGUCCUCACGCUCAGCUGGACCCUCCUCUGCAACUGCAUCUGCCCACCACCACGAUGCCACCACCAUAGCACCUGCUGGCGCCACCGAGCCACGGAGCGAGCCGCCCCCAGCUACUACACCAGAGCCCUCCUGUGGAGGGACCCUGAAGGGCCCCGAGGGCUCCCUCAGCUCCCCCAGGUACCCUGCUCCCUACCCACCCAAUACCCUGUGCAUCUGGCGCAUCCAGGUGGAGGACGGGCUGGCCAUCCAGCUAAAGAUAGAGUCACUCAGCCUGGAAGGCACGAGAUGGUGCCUCUUCGACAGGGUGGAGCUGUACGAGGAGCUGGGAGCAGCCAGCAGCUCCCCUUGGGGAGGGACAUCCAGGUUUUGUGGGGACGUGGCGCCCCCGACAAUCAACACCAACUCCAACCGGCUGCGCGUCACCUUCGUCUCGGACAACAGCGUGGGUGCCCUGGGGUUCACCGCCCACUACCGCACCAUCAUGCCCAGUGAGAAGAGCUGUUCCUGGGACGAGUUUUUCUGUGACCAGGGGCUCUGCCUCCACCUGGGUCUUGUCUGUGACGGCUUCCACGACUGCAUGGACAAGAGCGACGAAGCCAACUGCAGCUCGAAACACAAAGAAUGCGGUGGGUCGCUGACCAGCUUGGAGGGGCAGUUCUCCACCCCAAGCCACCCGCAGCCGUACCCACAUCAGCAGCUGUGUCUCUGGCAGAUCGCCGUGCCCGUGGGCCAUGUGAUCGAUCUGCAGUUCCACAACUUCAGCUUGGAGUCGCAGGAGGACUGCACCUUUGACUUUGUGGAGGUGCAUGACAGCGCAGGCACGGACGCUCUCAGCCUCCUGGGCAGGUACAGGUGCCCGCAGCUCGGCGAUCCGCUGCUGGGGGCAGGAGAUUGA